AUGCUCGUCGCUGGAAUCCUCUUCUCGCUGCUGUCUACGCUGGCUACGGUCACCCAGGCGUCGGACGCUGACAAGCUCCGCCGCCUGAUGGUUGACUCGCGCUUCCUCCAGAUCGUUACUCCCUGCAAGACCGGCGGUACUAACCGCAACAACGCUGCCGAGUGGCUCCGCACCGCGUUCCACGACGCUGUCGACCACGAUGCCGCGGCCGGCACCGGCGGUGUCGACGGAAGCAUCGACUACGAGCUCGACUUUGAGGAGAACAAGGGUAUCGCGUUCCCGUCCGUUAUGACCCAGUACAAGUUUUACCAGCAGGAGGACGUGUCUCUGUCCGACAUCAUCGCCCUCGGUGCUAUCGUCGCCGUCGGUGCUUGCGGUGGUCCCAUGAUUCCGAUGUACCACGGCCGCCAGGACGUGUUCCAGAACGGUGGUACCGGCCGCUUGCCUCUGCCCGAGGGCUCGACCGAGUCGCACAUCGAGAUCUUCAAGCGCAUGGGUUUCACUACCGAGGAGAUGAUCGGCCUCGUUGCGUGCGGACACACGCUCGGUGGUGUCCACGCCAACAUCAACGGACACAUCACGAGCCAGCCGUACCACCACUUUGACACCACUGUCGACGGCUUCGACAACAGCAUCGCCAAGGGUCACAUUGAGGACACGCGCGUGAACCCGAUCGGCCAGCCUUGGGACCCGAACAACCCUGCCGUGUCCUCUGACACCCGAACCUUUGCUGCCGACGGCAACGUGACGAUGCGCGGCUUCGCCGAGUCGCAGGACAAGUUCUUCAACACGUGCGCCGACCUGCUCGAGCGCAUGGUCAACCUCGCCCCCUCGAGCGUCAGCCUGCAGGGCCCGCUUGAGCCUUUCCCUAUCUCGGCCACCUUCUGGCCGCAGAUGCGCAACGGAGCCUACUCGUUCCUCACCGGCUCGGCGCGUCUGUACAACCUCAAGGGCCAGUGGUCUUCAUUCGACAUUACGUACACGAACCGUGACGGUUCGGCCGGUACCGACGCCUCGCUCCUGAGCGUCAAGGACGUGCAGGAGAUGUCCAUCGGCAAGCCGAUCGAGUACCGCAACUUCAACAUGGGCACCCGGUCCGUCCCUCCCGAGUCUGGCAUCGGUUCUGUCGUCAUCAACGUCCGCAUGAACGACGGCAGCACCCGCCAGGAGGUCGUCGAGCUCGACGACACGAUCAUGGUCGACAUCGGCAACCAGUACACAUGCAAGUACACCGGCGCCGAGAACAACAACGCGAACGGCCUCAACGUCUCCAUGGCCGUGCUUGCGCCGUACAACGACGAGGACAAGGUCGAGGUGCGCUACAAGAGCAGCAGUGGCGAGCACACGCUCGCGGCCAGCUACAUCGGCGCCCGCGACGCGACGUACAACAUCUACAACGUCUUCAUCCCCGACAUGGACGCGAUCGGCCUGACCAAGUUUGGCGGCUUCCUCACGCGCGCGGACGGGAGCACGCACAAGGACACAAAGGACGACGUCUGGUACCGCACCAACACGCUCGGCAAGUGUGUCGCGGGCGCGACCAUCCCGACUGCCGUGCCCACGCCCUCGGCCGCGCUCGCCCGCCGCGCGGCUGCCAAGAAGACCGCCCCCGCCUCCCCGUGCUCUGCUGGCGCUGGGUGGGCGUACUGCAACGACCGUUGCGUCAACAUCCUCUCGGACAUUGAGCACUGCGGCGGCUGCUCGGACGCCGGAGGCGUCGACUGCGGCUCCCUCACCGACGGAGACGUGCAGUGCAUCCAGGGCAAGUGCGUCGUUGCCUACUAA